ACUCCGGCCUCCGCCCGCAGUCCGUACGCCGCCACGCGACACGAAACUGGUUUGAUAGUGCGACGUUAUCUAAUAAUAAUUCUUCAAGAAACGCAUAUAGUUUAUUUCCAACACACAAUUCUUUAGUGAAUAAUUAUUUUACCUAAAAGUGUACUACUUCACCUAAGCUGAUACUUAGGGUUAAGUGACGUUAGUGAAACAUUUAUUGUUGUCCGUGAUUCCGCGACAAAAAAACAAGAUGGUGUAGCUUGCGCUGCGAGUUGAGUGCGCUCGUGCGUCAUCGUGCACGAUCGGAGGAGCUCGGCCGCCGCAUGCCACGCGCCUCGUCUGCCCCACUGGCGCUGCUGCAUGUUGUUGGCCAUGAAAUAACACCGCCAAAACAAACAACACUAGGAAUAAUUAUUACCGAGCCAAAUGUCGUACUUCGAACAAUAUCUCAAAUAUAACACAAAAAUGAAGUCAAAGGCGAAGAAAAUUUUAGAGGAAAUACACCCUCUCGCCAUAAUCAAAGAAGUAGAGAAAUGGCCGGUUUUGUACGCGAAGGACAGCUCCGAUAGGAAUAACACACAUUUCAAGAUCAAAAUAUGGCACGAAGUAGCAAAAGAGGUGUUCCCAGAUUGGCACAGUUAUUCUAGAGAAGACAAAGAUAUCAAAGUUUCAGAUUUAAUGAAGAAAUGGCGCAAUCUGCGGGACACGUGGAAACGGCAUGUGGAGAUAGAAAAGAAAAUCAGCGAGGGGCUCAACAUCAAGAAAAAAGUGUACGUGUACUACCACCACAUGGCCUUCCUGCUGCCGCACCUGCAGGCCGGCGACAGCGAGCCGGAGGACGGCCCCGCGCCGCUGCCCGCGAUGCACGCGCCGGAGCCCGCGCCGGAGACCGCGCCGGAGACCGCGCCGGAGCCAGCGCCGCCGGUGCCCACGCCGCCACUCGCGCCAUUGUCCGCGCCGCCACGCGCGCCAUUGUCCGCGCCGCCACUCGCACCAUUGUCCGCGCCGCCCGCCAAGAGGAGGAAGCUCAAGCACUCCUCCUCGUGCGUCCACCUCGAAGACAUCGACGAGGACAAACACUUCCUCAUGUCUCUGAUACCGUCUUUCAGAAAAAUGAAUGAAGACGAAAAACUGACCGUUAAAAUGGAAAUACUGAGAGCUAUAAAAGGAGUGAGGGAUGGCUCUAUCUCAUCACAAGUCAAUUUUAAUUAUGAGGUGGUGGAUUCCCUUGGGUUUGCUAUGGAUAUAGAUACUAGGGGUGAUGGUAUUAAAAAAGAAGUGUGUAUCAAUGAGGAUGAUGAAUUAAUCGAUCUCGAAGCUGAGGCCGUCAAUGACGACGGUGACGAAGGGGAGGAAUAUAUUAUUAUAAGACACUAAUGUUGUGAGUAUACUAUGUUAUUGAGUCAUAAUCGUGGAACCGGUGAGGAUAGUGAUCGUGAAUCGUGACAGCGACGCAGCGAGUGGGUGACCUAUAUACGAGGGGCGUGUCACGGCGGCUGGCGAUGCUGAAUGCAGCGCGCGCGAGCCGCGACGCGCGCGCCCGGCACCAGUCGCCACUCGCCCGACGGGUUUCGUGUGACGGUUCCCCAACGGAUACGAUUUACUUUGGAACUAUAAAACGUACGCAUUCCGCACAAUGCGUUGAUAAUUUUUAAGAGAAAAUUGCACCAAGUUAAAAAAAACUUGUUAGUUUUUUACCUCCGACUUUAUCAAUAAAACUAUUGAAUUGUU